GCUCGGCUUUGCAAAAGGGAAGGGAGUGGGGACGAACAUGGCUGAAGACAGCCGGGGUGGCCCAACGUGCAGCUGGAUGGGGGACAGUCAGGACCCAGUCCCCGGCAGUGGCGGCUACAACUUUCCAGAGUACGAGAUUCCCGAGGUUAACACGCGCGCUUUCCAUGUGGGCACCAUUGGGGAGCUGUGGCGUGGCCGGCUGCGCGGGGCCGAGGACUUGUCGCUGAAGGAGCCGCGGGCACCGGAGCUGCCUGGGUGCCCAGGGAACGCUGCCUCCGAUCCGGGGGAUGCCGCGGUGGCCCGGGAUCUGGACUGCAGCCUGGAGAAGGCGGCCGAGCUGAGGGCGGUGUGCAGCCUUGAUAAACUGAAGUGCCUAGAGGAAGGUGAGGAUCCGGAAGUCAUCCCGGAGGACACGGAGCUGGUGACGUUAGGGAUUAGAAAGAGGUUCUUGGAACAUCGGGAAGAAACCAUAACCAUAGAUCGCGCCUGCCGACAAGAAACAUUCGCUUAUGAGAUGGAGUCACAUGCAAUUGGAAAAAAGCCUGAAAAUCCAGCAAAUAUGAUUGAAGAAGGAGAACUUAUCCUAUCUGUGAAUAUCUUGUACCCUGUUAUAUUUCAUAAGCACAAAGAACACAAACCUUACCAGACGAUGCUGGUGUUGGGCACUCAAAAGCUCACGGAACUGAGGGAUUCAAUUUGCUGUGUCAGUGACCUCCAGAUUGGUGGAGAAUUCAGCAACUCUCCUGACCAAGCCCCUGAACACAUCAGCAAAGACCUGUACAAAUCAGCCUUCUUUUACUUUGAAGGCACAUUUUACAAUGAUAAAAGAUACCCAGAAUGCAGAGAUUUGAGCAGCACCAUCAUUGAGUGGUCAGAGUCCCAUGAUAGAGGCUAUGGGAAGUUUCAGACUGCCAGAAUGGAAGAUUUCACCUUCAAUGACUUGCAUAUUAAACUGGGCUUUCCUUACUUGUACUGUCACCAGGGAGAUUGUGAACAUGUUGUGGUCAUUACCGACAUAAGGCUUGUGCAUCAUGACGACUGCUUGGAUAGGACACUUUAUCCCCUUCUCAUCAAGAAGCACUGGCUUUGGACCCGAAAAUGUUUUGUUUGUAAAAUGUACACAGCUAGAUGGGUGACGAACAAUGACAGUUUUGCACCACAAGACCCAUGUUUCUUUUGUGAUGUUUGCUUCCGAAUGCUCCACUAUGACUCUGAAGGCAACAAACUGGGGGAAUUCCUUGCUUAUCCUUAUGUUGAUCCUGGAACCUUUAAUUAAAUAACAGCUGCCCCUGUAAAGUACACCACUGUCAAGUCCCCAUCCUCUGGGAUAGUUUAUUUCCAAAGUACACCACUGAGGAACAGAUGCACCUGGAACAGAAGUAAUCCAAGUGUUUUGGAAUGUUAUUUCAUUCACUCCAAAGUACAUUUAACUUAUUUGAAGGGGUUGUGUAUUUUACUGAAGUGCUUUCCAUAUCCUAAAUAUAAACUAGGUACAUACA